AGACGCAAAAAUGUUGUGCCAAAUAUUUUACAUAGUAUUAAUACUCAAUACAUUUACAAUAAUUUGUGAUUCUAUUCAAAUCUCCGAGCUUAAUGAGACUAAAGCAUUUCUUUCCAUAAGUUCUCAGUUAAACGAACUGAGAGCGGAGUUAGAUCGACAGGGAAAGCUGCCCAAUAAUUUGAUUGAGUCAACAGAUUUGUAUAAUUUUAAAUCUUAUGGUCGCAAUUGUGCCGAGGCCACUGCCAAUUCCAAACCAAGUGGUAUCUACGAGAUACUAAUUCCAAGCUACAGUAAAUAACCCUUUAAAGUGGCUUGCGAUUCACAGACUCAGGGAGGAGGUUGGACUGUCAUUUUGAGUCGAAUGGAUGGCAGUGUAGACUUUUACCGGAACUGGAAUCUCUACAAAAAGGGAUUUGGAGAUCUAGAUGGCGAGUUCUUCUUGGGUUUGGAUAAAAUACACGCUCUGACGUCAGAGUACAGCCAGGAAUUACUUGUUAUUCUCGAGGACUUCGAGGGAGCUGAGAAAUUUGAGACAUAUGAGAAAUUCGGAAUCGGCGACGAGGAAGAACUCUAUGUAUUACACACUCUGGGAAAUGCAAAUGGAACUGCAGAUGAUUCACUAAGACCGCAUCAUACCAUGAAGUUUUCCACCUUUGAUCGCGAUAACGAUCGUUGGACGAAUAACUGCGCCGAGACCUACACUGGUGGAUGGUGGUAUAAUGAAUGUCACCACAGCAACUUGGGUGGAAAAUAUAAAGAUAAUGCCCAUGGCAAAGGUAUCAACUGGUUCCAUUUUCGAGGUCAUCUGUACUCCCUUAAAAGAGCAAUCAUGAUGAUACGGCCUAGAAAAUGAAAUCCAGGAACUGCAAAUAAUGAAUAGAUUGUUCUUUUGAUUAUAAUAAAAUC